GGCUGUCGGGGCCGUCGGGUUCUAUCGCGACCGUCGCGACUGUCGGGGCGUGUCGGGCCCGGCCGGAGCGGCGGCCAUGGAGGGCGGCGGGAGGAGGAUGAAGCGGGGGCUGGUCCCGCUGCCGCCGGCCCUGCUGCUGCUGCUGUCGCCGGUCCUGCUGCUGCUGCUGCUGCUGCUCCCCGCCCGCGCCCAGGAGUCCCCGCAUGCAGCGUGUUCUCAAAACACAAACAAGAGCUGUGAGGUGUGCCUGAAGAAUGUCUCCUGUCUUUGGUGCAAUUCUAACAAUGCGUGCCUGGAGUAUCCGCUUAAAAAAAUAUUACCACCAGGUUCUAUUUGUAAGCUGAGUUCCGCACGCUGGGGUGUUUGCUGGGUAAACUUUGAAGCUUUGAUUAUUACGAUGUCUGUGGUAGGCGGGUCUCUUCUCAUCGGCGUGUUUGUCUGCUGCUGUUGCUGCUGCAGGAAAAAGAAGAGCAAAAAGCCAGAUAAAGAUGAAGAGAAAGCUGCUAGAGAGAGAGAUCAGAGAAAAGUACGGCAAGAGGAAAGGAGGGCAGAAAUGAAGACUAGACAUGAGGAAAUCAGAAAAAAAUAUGGCUUGUUUAAAGAAGAAAACCCUUAUGCCAAAUUUGAAAACAACUAAAAAAAAAAACCCUCUGGAACUUCAAGAAGUCCCAAUCUCCUCUUGAGAAAUGGAGCUGUCCUAAUCAAUGGAUUAACAAUUCUGUAAUCAAAGUACAGAACAUUACUCAGGUGCCACAAUAGCCUUCCACUGCUACAGCAUCAGUCAGGCACCUUCAAUGAAAAGCUUUUUCCACCCUCCCAAAGCUGAGUCCAGCUAAAUCCCAAUGAGCUGCUCCAACCAGUGAAACUGAUUCUAAACAAUAUAAACCCUCCCUUGCCUUGAAAUUUUUAGUAAAACUUCUCAAGGAUCCAAGGUAGGGCUAGGCUGCCUACUUCUUAAAAACCUUUCUUUAAAUUAGGUUUCUGUCCUCAUUUUUUCUACCUUUACUCCUUAUCUCUCCCAAAUGUGAAUAGGCAAAGGUCUCUUUUCACUAUUCUUCCCCCUAAUUUAGUAGCCCUAUUUAGGUCUUCUCUCACUCCUUUCUUUUACUACUCUUAUACUCCACGCUGUUUGUCUUUCCUCCUGUCUCCUGCCCCUUGCAUUGACAGGCUUCUUAAAGCUCUGAUAAAAGUCACUUUUCAGUAUUUUCCUAGUAAGAGUUGAAGACCCUGAGCAUCGAAAUCAACGGACAUAUGCUCUUAGGCCUGGUAAAGGCGACAUUUAUUUCGUUAGAAUUGGUUUGUCCUGUUCUUGGUUGGAGUUGCGACCACUUCUGGUUUCAUUUUUUCACUGAAUAAGGAACAUAAAUUUCCAUUUUUCAGAACUUGAUUGUAUAAUAUGACAGAAUUAAGUACUUAAAUGUAAUGAUAAAUCCAUUUCUAAGGUUGAGUAUAGCUAAACGUAUAUUUCUUGCAAGUGCUUGGCUCUUUUUAAUCCUACCAUUCACCAGGAUAAGUAGACUGUAAAGAGUGCCUCAUUUUUUAAGCCUGUUUGGAUGACACCAGCAAUUAGAAAGCCUGUACUUUCUGUAAAAAAAAAGCAAAACCAACACGAAUGCAUUUUGCUCUUCCUGAAGUAGUCCAGUGAUAGACUCAAGAAGGCAACUGCGUUGUCUCAGCUGGAGGCAACCGACUAGGAGCGCUGGCUUUUAUGUAUGCCUCAGGUGAUAAUCCCCUUCCUUGUGAAAACACAGCUUCUUAGGAUUCCUCUGAGCGUGAAGGAGGCACCCUGAGGCAUUUCAGGCAGAUGUACUCCUUUCUGCCAACCCUGAGAGCUGAUAGAUCCAAACUCCCGGAGCCUCAGACUGGAGGUGAGCUGGCUGUCUGUGCAAGACUCUGUGGCCUAAGUUUUUCCUUCUAUCUCCAGCUCCCACCGGCUAGAUGGCUGUCCAGUAGAUAGCCACCGAAGAGCCUUUUCAGGCUUGGUUGAAGCGAAUGGCCGUCUCCGGUUCUCUUUUUUACCAAUUUAGCUGAAGCAGUGAAAAUCAUCCUGCUCAACAAAGUAAAACGAAAAUCUUUGGGGUUUUUUUUUUAACUGCAGCACAUUGAUGCAUUAACGGCGAAGUGUCUAUGCAGAAAUGUAUCCGCUAUAAUCGCUGGGUCUUCAGGUAACGUGCCUUAUAUAUUGAAGUUUUGAUUCAUCCUGCCUACUGUCACAGUUUGCGUACUUCUGGUGUGCUAAAAUAUUUUAGAAACUACAAUAAGCAAAAAUAUCAGCAGUGUUAGAGGACUUUGGGUUUCUCUUUUCUCUUGGUCUCUCUGGCUCACUCACUGACCUUCUCUUUCUCACUACUGUCCCCACCACAGAAUCUCCUAUGGUUCUUGAAAGGAUUUGGGAAAUAGGUACUGUGAAGGAGACAUUUUUUUCUGAAUUGUUGAAACUCUCUUUAGGUUUGGGGAAAGAUGCAUGAAGAAAAGAUAGUAUUCCAGGUUAUACUCCAAAUCCCAUUUUGGGAAACCUUGCUUAAGCACCAGAUGAAGUCAGUUGCUAUUCCCAGCGUGACUCAAAGACUUUUUGAUAAUGUUGAAAUACAGUUUUUUCACUCCAAGGAAAACCUUUUUAAAUAUAUAUUAUGCCUUUACUGUGAAUUACCCUUUGGACACUGAAAUAUCGCUGAUAUGAAAAUGUCAUGUUGUCGGUCUUGAAUCCUCUUUCCCUCACUCAGUUCUAAGUUCUAAUUACUUCAAACUAUAGUUUGAAGUAGUAUUAUGGGAUGCAGUCUAAAAGUAGUUUAGUGCAAUAUACAAACUUUGUUUUCUGUUUUAUAAGAAAUAUCCAAUAUUCUAAUGAACUCAUCAAUUUUAUAGGCAGAAGCUCAGUUAUGAAUUUAAUAAAUAUGCUAAUAUUAGAAUGAAUUUAAAUCUACAAAAUAACAUAGUGGUUAACAUCAUGUUUUUAUUAUACUUUUUGUGUGUGGAAUCAACUUUAAUACUUUGUUCCUUUUUUGGUGAUAUGUUAUUUUUGCUGCUGUACUAACAGCACCUCUUCAUUGCAGUCACAAGCAAAAUUAGCCAAAUACGUGAAUCUUUAGAUGUUCCUAACUCCAAAUAAACAGGGUCAAUAAAUGUAUUGCACAUAA